GGCCUUGACCUUGUAAACAAUCUGGCGCGAGCUGAGAAACACGUGGGUAUUAGUGUUUCGCUUCGUUGACUAUAGACGAUGCGUAAAUAGACCUCAAUCUGCGUGGGUGAUUGUGUACUUGGUUGAAAACAUCUUAAGCAGAAAUACCAUUUUUAGAGAUGAGCAAGAAGAUCUACUUCUGUGGCAGCAUCAGUGGGGGACAGCAGGAUGUGGACCUCUACGGUCGCAUCAUCACCCAACUCAGGGCCUACGGCCCUGUGCUCACUGAUCAUGUGGGAAAGAAGAAUGUCCUACAGUUGGAGGCAAACAACAGUGCCAAAGAAAUCCAUGAUCGCGAUGUUGCCUGGCUGGAAGAAUGUGAUGCCGUGGUGGCAGAGGUUACCCAACCCUCACAUGGAGUCGGCUAUGAGGUCGGAAGAGCUGUGGCCAUGAAGAAGCCAAUUCUGCUGCUUUUCCGUCCAGAUUCUGGGAAAAGACCGUCAUGCAUGAUGAAGGGGGCAGAUGAUGGCAGCAAUGUCGUUUUCAGGGAAUACGUCGAGCCCCAGGUACCAGAAAUCCUGAAAGAGUUUCUUGGAUAAGAAAAGAUAGUCUUCGACUGCCAUUGUGUAGCUGCUGAUCUGAGUAAUAGCUGACUGAAACCUGAAGUACAAAUACCAUGCACAGGCAGACCUCAUACACACUUAGGAUGACUUGUUUAAUGUCUUACAAGAGACAGAACUUUGCAUUUUUGUCUUGAAACAGAAGUCUGGUCAUGUAGGCAUGGUAUUGCAGGAAUAAAAUAUGGUGUUGUUAUUAAUAUUUUCUAUGUAAACAUGAUAAGAAGCGAAAUUAAUAAAAAUAAAAAUGUAAUAAAAUUACAGAUAGUUUAAUUUUUUUAAAGAAAUAUGGCAUGUUAGAGUUGUUGAAAAUGUACAAAAUUAAGUGUAAGUUUCUUCAUAAAAUGAAAAUAUUUGGCAUUGGCCAAAUAAUGGAACAUAAUAAAGUAACUUCACAACUCCAGAAGUGUUCAGUUGGUCUGGGACUAAGCUUCAUUUUGAACACUGCCUUAGCACUAUUCAUUAUGUAUCAUUUUACGUAAUUUACGUUGUGUUUAAUUGAACUCUUUUAUAUCUCAUUCCUCAUACACUGAUAUUCAAUGCAACUGAAAAUGUUUAUGAAAUGAAUGUCAGUCAGAAGAACACAUUGUGUGAAGAGCGUGGAGGAAAUGACAAGAACUAUUCAAGUAUCUAUCUGAUAUUCAUACAUUUUGUACACCCAGUGAAUUUUAUGAGUUAAUUUUAUUGUUAUUUUUAUGAAUAAAAGCUUCAUAGAUA